UUACCAUUUCUGGAACAAUUCAUCACUCCGAUUGUCACAGCUACCAAAGGAAUAGGGGAAUCGGUCGAGUGUCUACGUUUCUACUCAUUGCUGGAAUAUGAAGAAUGGAAGUCUGAUACGGAAAACUGGCAGCAUUUCCGUGUAAAGCACUACGAGGGGUUAUGGGAAGUAUGACGUCAGAAGAAGUGGAGAGUGCCUUUACCAACCUGCAGAGUCAUCGAGUUAUCUUCAAUCACAAUGGAGACGAUGAUGACCGCGCUAUCUCAAUGGCUUUUAGUAAGAGACACUCCGGACAGCACAGAGACUGGCUAGAUUUUUGGAACAAGGCGUCCAAGUGGCUCCGUGAAAGUCCAUACCCGAAACUCCACCUUUAUCGGAGAGAAACAAGACAAGUUAGUUUCUACGAAUUUGUGCAUCGUGGACUAGUCCGGUACACCAACAUGGAACAUGAACGUUAUAUACGUUCAAUCAUGGAUGGUUUAACAGUGGGACAGAGAAAAAUUAUCUUCACUUGUAUUAAGCGCAGUGAUAAAGAAGAAGUAACAGUAGCCCAGCUCGCCGGUCUCGUAGCUGCAAGGACGUCGCUCUGCAACUACGGUGAAGAAAAUUUGACUAGAACAAUCAUUGGAUUGGCUCAUGACUUCGUGGGUACGAACAACAUCAAUUUACUCCAGCCUAUUGGCCAUUUCGGCACUCGGCUUCAGGGAGGUGAAGAUGCUGCCAGCCCUCGUCAAAUUUCGACUCUGAUGAGCCGACUGACAAGGAUAAUUUUUCACCCAUACGAUGAUCGGUUGUUGAAACAUCGAACGGAUGGGAAACGGCUCAUCGAACCCGAGUUUUAUGCUCCCAUUAUUCCAAUGAUCUUGGUCAACGGAAUUGACGGGAUCGGCAGCACCGAUCGGACGACAUCAAGAUUGAUCUAUAAUCCACGAGAGAUUAUUGGAAAUAUUGUUAUGAUCGCCACCGACUUGUCGACGUUCACACUUUUCCCAGAAUUGCCCCCUUUCUGCUUCCCUAUUUUACUUGUAUCUGUUUCACCUUAUUCCACGGAACUCGACGAUAUAGCAUCGUCGAGUGAGUCCUUCUUACCUUUCACGUCUCUCUGACGUUGAGUUAGAGUUCCUUUCUUUUUUUUUCCCUUUGGAUUGAUAAGGCCACUCGUGUGCACCAUCUUGAACUAAGACGACGUCGCCAACAGCUCGGUACUCUUUCUAAUAGCCAGGCUAUCUUGUUUGACUUUCGUGUGUGAGUACCUUACCUUUGUUUGUCUGUCUUCGUUUUGUUUAAUGUCGUGAAUCGCAUAUGUGUAAUUGCUGGAGCCGGAAUACCACAAGUAUGGCCGGUGGACGAGUCCAGGUAGA